AUGGUGCAUCGAUAUAUCGAAUUGAUAUCGAUAGUGAAACCAAUCGAUCAGGAUGAAGAGGACAUAUUCCAGUGCGGCAAGUGUAAAAGCCAGUUUACAUCACUUCAAAUGUUUGUUCUGCACAAGAGAACGCACCAGAAAACACAACAAACUGUGGACCUGACUCAGUUCUUAACAAAUGAUGAGAGUCAAGUAAUGCAUGUGGAAGAUGCUGUUCAGGAUGAGUCACAAUACAAUUCCCAGGAAACUCUUCAACUUGGAGAACCUAUUAUUCUCGAAGAAGCAGACAUGUUGUUUAGUGUGGACCAGGAGGCUGCUAAUUAUUUCAUGACGGAUUCCACAUUUGGUGUACCGAUCAUCUUAAGUACAGAGAAUCUGGAUACUUUUGGUAACGCUGCAAUCGAGGCGACAAGGGAAGACUCGAGUGAGAUGCCGACAAUACAUCUACAAAACGAUAUCAGUUCGCAGGAGGACGCUUCGAGUCAGUCUGAACAUCCUAGCAUCUCUUUAACGGACAAUGAGCCCUCCCUGGCAGACAACGAGCCACCUUUGGAGGACAACGAAUCCUCUCUCGAGAACAACGAGACAUCCUUCCAGGACAAUUCACUCGGUGAAUCGGAAAACGGCAUUAAUCAAACGCAAAAUUUAAGGUAUAAGUGUGGUUACUGCAACAAGCAGUUCGCGAAGAAAUUCUACUGGCAACAGCAUGAACGUUCUCAUACUGGAGAAAAGCCUUAUCAGUGUGUGGUAUGUGGACGUGCGUUUGCACAAAAGUCAAAUGUGAAGAAACAUAUGUCCUCGCACAAAGUAUGGCCCGGUACCGCCAUUCACUCUUUACCGCCGGAAGCGCCUCCGGACGGAAGUAUAGAUCGCACGUACCAUUGUCAGUUCUGCAAGGAAACGUUUGACUCAUACAAAGCUCUGAAGGGCCAUUUAAUCGUCUCGCAUAUGGCGUUGAAGGUGUACAAAUGCGUGCAAAGCAGCUGCAGCAUGAUGUUCUCGGACUUGGAGGAGUUUCUGGAGCACACGCGCAGCCAUAAGUGCUCGGAGUAUCGAUGCCACGUGUGCGGCGAGGUGUUCAGCACUCUGUCGGAUCUCGGUCGCCAUCAGUACGUUCACUCCGUCCAGAAGCAGAAGACCACGGAGAAGUACUACUGCUGCUCGACUUGCAAAUCGUCAUUCUCAAAUCUGGAAGCAUUGCAACAUCAUAAAGAGACCACUACGCACAAUUAUGUCUGUCUGCAUUGUGGCAAGAGUUUCCUCAUCGAGAGGUUCUUACGUCGUCAUCUCAAGACCCAUUCAGCAUCGGCGAGAUUCGCUUGUGAGGAUUGCGGCAAGGCCUUCAAAACCGAGCAGUAUCUGGCCAAUCAUAAGCUGAUACACAGCGAGGAGACGCCUUUCACAUGUCCACAUUGUCCGGCUAGAUUCAAGCGAAAAGAUCGGCUGGGUCGACACAUGCUGAUCCACGAUCUGACAAAGAGACUCAAAUGUCCAUUUCGCAACUACCUGGGCUGCAUGAGUGAGUUUUCGCGGCCCGACAAGCUUAAACGGCAUUUGCUGACACACAGUAACGUCAAGCGGUUCAGUUGCAGCCAUUGCAAUCGCAAUUUCCAUCGCGCACAAGCUCUUAAGCAUCACGAGAUGAACAAGCACAGUCUCAAGUGUGAUAUCUGCUCUCAUGCCUUUAAGACUAAAGAACAACUGGUUACUCACAAUUGCGAGCAAUCGAACGAGACCAAGAAGCACACGAGCUCGCAAUUACCGAAAAAAGCAUCCGGAUCAUUUAAGCCGAGGAAACCCACCCCAAAGAGACAAACAUUAUCAAAGACUGCAAUUCCGCUUGCCGACAAAGAGAAAUUAGAAAAACUCAAAGCUGACGAGAUAGAAAGAAAAACCGUCUCCGAAACAUUCAGAUCUGGCGAUUUCGAGGAAUUCAGUAAAAAAACCGGGAACAUUUCUGUCGUCUCAAAAACAGUCGUUGAAUCGUCCGGCGGUGAAUUAAACGAGCGAUCCGAUUCGCCAGUUAUGGAUUUCGAAGACGAUUUUAAACGCAACAUGGAGUACUACUCGCCCCAUGCAAACGAGUAGAGUUUUGCAAUAUAUAUACAUAUAUAUAUACAUAUACGUAUAUAUAUAUAUAUAUUUUUUUAUUCGUAUUUAAAUUGUACAUUAAUUAGGACGUAGACAACCUCGUCGUAGCACGUGCAAUGGGAUCACCGAAAUCGCAAGUUGCAUUUUAUAUUCGCGUACGAUAUUUUGUAGUUUACAUAUCUGUGAUAACUGUAUUAUAAAUGCUCUAUUGAUAUAAGUAACUUAUACAUAUAUAUAUAUACAUUUGCGCGAACAUCGAAGGUAUUCGGUGUUGCCAAUUUCGAUUCUUCUAUGAGAAAACUUGUCGUAUAGCCGCAGCUGUAGUUUUAACUGAUACUUCGAGUACCCUGUCGAACGCUUAACGUUCGUUAAAUUUUUUUUAACGAUCACAAGGCGUACGCGCGAUAUCAGAACUAUAACGAAAAAUACUUGACAGCGCGACAAUUUCUUUUUAAUUUAUUUGUUAUAAAAUAAUAAAUCUAGACCAGAAGUCACAAGUGCGAAAUGUGUAAAAUAACUUUUAAGAAAGAAUAUCAAUUUUAUGAAAUAGCCAAAGUUUGUAUUAUAUAUAUUAUUAGCUGUUCCUAAAGAUUCCUUCCUUUAGACUUGAAUCCCAAUUAAACAAUGCUUCUUUAAAAAC